AUGGUACUGGACGGCUUAAAUAAAGCUGCUCCGGGGCUUUUCCCACGGAUGGUAACCAAAGAUCUCAGAGUGAAAGAUGGAGAAUAUCAAGAACCUGAUUCAUCUUCCGAAAGGGGGUCUGUUAGAUCAGAGGACUUUAAAAAGAUUGUAGAGUCUUUGCCCAGAGAGUAUGAAGAGCUUAUGAUGCAAGAUAAGUUUUAUCUGGUGAGGAAAUACAUGAAUCUCGAAAGAAUUCAACAGAAUGACGUUAUCUUUGAAGAUUUUCAGCAAUAUAAUAAGCUUUUGAUGCAGGAGAAUGAGCUACGAGAAAAGCUCAGUGUUCUUACUAAUGUAAUGUCAAAUAAGGGUAUGGUUUUGCCCUUGAUCGAGGUGGGGAGUCUUCGUUCUGCCUCAGACCGUUCGGUAAGCUUACCCAUGAAAGCCGGAAGAACCCGAUCAGCAUUGAAAUUCAAUCGAGCCGUUGAAAGACUUCGAAAGAAGUUCAUGCAAAGUCAUGUUACCUCAGAUGAAUCAGCGCAAGGAUCAUCUUCGCAGCUUUACAACUCGGAUUUUUCGCAAUCCAUUGACGGUACUGAAAUUAUCGAUGAUAUAAUGCCCGAAGGAUUUAUAGAUUUUGAACGCAAGUAUGCUGAAAAUGCGUAUAACAUGUCACAUUUCAACAAAAAGGCGUCUUCUGAUGGAAAAAAAUCGAUAUUAUCAAGGAGCAGGUUACUGAAAAGGGAUCAUGCGAAUACUUACACAAUCCAACGAAAAUUACACGUGCGGCAUCUGCAAAUGAUAUCUCUUGGCGCUACUAUAGGUGUGGGCCUUCUUCUAAAUUCUGGUAAAGCAUUGUCUAUAGGUGGGCCACUGGGUGCUUUAAUAGGUUUCACCUUUGCUGCCUGUGUGGUUGUUGCUACGGUCUUAUCAUUUGCGGAGAUUGUUGCAUUGAUCCCGCUGAUAACGGGAAUAUCAGGACUGUGCUCUAGAUUUGUAAGUGAUGCAUUUGGAUUUAGUGUCGGUUGGUGCCAUUGGAUAUCUUAUGCUUUAGCGUUUCCUGCUGAGCUUACUGCUUCUUUGAUGAUGCUGGCAUCAAUCGAAGAUCUUAAUGCUCUUUCAUACAAUUCAAAGUAUCAAAUGAUAACUCUCAUUUGUUUUAUCGUUCUUUUGGCCUCAAUCAACUUGCUCGAUGUCAGAUAUUAUGGGGAAUUUGAAUAUCUCUUGAGUGCCUUCAAGCUACUGGUUGUGAUUUUUCUCAUAGUACUCAUGAUAGUGGUCAAUGUCGGGACUUUUAACGGCGAUUAUCUUGGUUUUCGGUAUUGGGCGUCAAGCAAAUCUCCCAGAUCUGAUAUUACUUACGGGCCGUUUCGACCAACUUUUGAUCUCAAUGAUGUGGGCACCGGUUCAUUAAAUGGUAUUGGAGGUUUCGGUGGAGUCCUUUUAUCCUGCAUUGCAGCAAUAUUGAUAUCGAUUUUUUCUUAUGUUGGUAUAGAGGUUGGUUUCAUCGCUGCUGGUGAGGCCCAAAACCCAAGAAAGGCUGUGCCUUUAGUGACAAAACGAAUUUUUACCAGAAUUAUUAUCUUUUACCUUCUCUCAAUAUUUGUAAUGGGAAUUAACGUUUACGGUGGAGAUCCUAGGCUACUACGCUACUCAGAACGUGCAACAUCGACAGUGGAGAAUUAUGUGGCUCAAAUUUCUGACAUUAUUUCUCAUCUUGGGGGUUUAAACUGUGAAAUUUCUGGUUCAAGUGGUGGCCCCGGAUCUUAUUUUGAAGGAAGCUCUAACCAAGCACCCUGGAUUAUAGCGUUGAAAUCCUGUAAUCAAUGUACACUGAGUACUAUAGUGCAAUCUUUUUUUGUUGCAGUAGGAUUAUCAGCAGCAAGUUCGCAACUCUAUGCUUCAAGUAGGACACUAUAUGCAAUGGCAACGCAGGGCAAGGCCCCUAGUAUCUUUACUAUCUGCAGCAAAAGGGGUGUUCCAUUUGUUUCUGUGUUGAUGUGCAGUGCUUUUGGUUUUUUGGCUUUUUUAUCUGUCAAUGGUUCUUCGGCAGAAGUAUUUAUCUUACUGGUUAAUCUCGGCACAACUGGAGGUGUGAUUAUGUGGUUUGGCAUGAACUUAUCAUUUUAUAGACUUUAUUAUGCCUUGAAAAGAAGAACAGACAUAACAUCCAGAAAUGCAAAAGAAUAUCCUUACAAAUCUCCAUUUCAACCAUAUUUGUGUAUCUUUGGGAUGCUGUCAACUUUUUUGGUUCUUGUAUUGAAUGGGUUGCAGAAUUUCCUCCAUUGGAAUGCGAGAAAUUUUGUUUCCUCUUACUUAACUUCGAUUCUAUUCAUUGUGUUGUACUUAGGUUAUGCGUGGAUUGGUGGUUCAAAGAUUAGCAAGCUGGAUCAAAUUGAUUUAGAUUCCGGUCGACGAGAAAUGGAUUUGAUUAAAUGGCAAGAGAAACUAGAUUACACACUGAAUAUAAAGGAAUUUGCCCUCAAAAUUUUAAGUUAUCUGUAG